AUGAUCCUUGGGACAACUGAAGAGGAUGAUGACUCUCAAUCCGAGGACGAGAAUUCAAUCAGCGAUGCUUAUGUCCAAUCCUCCAAUCAGCCUAAGAUAUUUGUGGGCUCGCUGACACCAAAGGUCACUGAGUCCCAGCUUGAAGCCUACUUCUCUGCGUUCGGUAGAGUCGCAAAGGCCCAAGUAGUAUACGAUCGGGACAUCGGCCGGUCCCGUGGCUUCGGCUUCGUCACAUUUGCUGACAACACAGCCUUCAAGAAGGGCGUACUGAAGGUCCGCCAUUUCCUCAACGAUAGUCGCCUCACAGUCCACUGUUCGACGAGAAAUGCGCGUAGUCUUGGCAGGUGCGUCCGACUAAGCCUGGUGAUUGAUUUCCCAGGUAAAUUUACAAGGAUUUAUUUUAGGAAUUAG